AUGACAAAGAUGAAAGAUGAUCAACCUACUCGCAUUGCUAAGAAUAGAGCUAGGAAAACAGUUGUUAAUAUAUCGGAUUCAGAUCUUGAAUCUGAUCCAGAAGGUUUCGAAGACGAUAUAUUUUGCCCAACUUGGUUGAAACCCAAGGUUAUCAGUCAAGCUCCUAGUAGUAAUACAAGUGAUACUUCGUUUUUAAAUUUCAAAGAACAGUAUGAUAUAUCUAAUCCGAUCAAAGCAAAUAAAAGAAACCUCGAGUUAAGUUCAUUAUCCUACUUUCAGGUCCCAAUGGCAUCGCAGAAAAAGAAGAUUGAUUCACCAAUCCAUAAAUCCUUUUUCAGUCAACCAGAACAGCUCAAUCAGUUUCAAAAGGUAUUAAUUGAAAUCAUUGAAACUGAAAUAGAUUAUUUCAAAAGUUUGAAUUUGUGUCAAACGGUUUACAGUUCAUUGCUUUUAAACGUUGCAGAGUAUCAGAAUAUUUUAACUAGUCAAGAAAAAAUGUUAAUAUUUCAAGAUAUUACAUUAUUGACGGAAAUAUCAAAGACUUUUAUUAAAUCUACCAUAGAAAGUCUAAAAUUGUGCAAUGGUUUCAUCAAUACACAAUCGUUACAGAAAUUUGAAUUAGACGGUGACAAUCAGAAUCUUUUUAAUUAUAAUAUCAGACAGUUAGUUAUAAAUUCCAGUGUUCACAAAUUUGAUAUUGGUUUGAGUAUUCACCAAUUAUUUAAGGCAACAAGUUUUAAGGCAACAAUAUUAGCCUAUUUUGCAAAACAUAAUUUCAGAAUGAAAAUUUUAAAUGCCAAACUCACUUAUGGUGGUCCUGCGGUAAGUAAGUGGUUGAAAGAGGCCGAUUUUCUAACUAAGUCCAAGACUAAAAAUUGGUCGCUUCAAACUAUUUUGAUUCAGCCAAUGCAAAGAACAAUGAAGUAUCCUUUACUUUUAAAACAGUUGAUAGAUAGUUCCAAUGGAAUAAGUUCUGAUGUUCAAAAGCAUGAGCUUAAUCUAGCGUUAAUUAAAAUUAAUCUGAUUAUUGAUGAAUGCAACACACAAGAAUCCCUUGGUUCUUAUGAAGAAAUAGACAAAAAGAGUAAGCAAACUAUGCUGGAUAAGAAGAGACGAGAGACGAUUUAUGAUGCAAACCUUGAAAAAUGUAUUCCUUUGGAAAAUGAGUUAAGACUUGAUGUUGCAGCUCAAGAGAGUAUUCCUUCGAAAGGUAAAGGCCGUACUCCCUCUAAAGGAAAAGGCUGGCUACCCAUAAGAAAUAUUCUGUUUGCACCCAAAGAAAAAUUUCCGGCAAAGCGUGGAGGCCAAUACAUAUAUCUCGUAACUUCCUUCAGAGACAAAUAUAAUAGAAUCAAAGGCCUCCAGGCGACUUUCGAAAUGUUCUCUGGCCAACUUAUAGAAUUUAUGCAACAACAGUCCAAAUACGCAAGUUUGUGGAAACAAUUUCUUCAAGAGACCGACGCACCACACGAAGGCCCUGCCCAUUAUAUUGAUUCCAUCUAUUCAAGCUACGUUGAUAAAAUGGAAACACAAUUGCUGAAGACACAUUUGCUUGUUGAAGAACUUAAUUCAAAAUUGAUCUCCGCAAUCACCCUAGUUAUUACUUAUUGCGAUGAGGUCAAGAUCCAAAUCCAAAUGCACAGAAAACUACGGAGCUCGUACGUUACCUAUAUCAAGGAAUGCGAGCAAAACAAGCAUAAGCCUAAUAUCUUCCAGAAGACGCAUACCAAAGCCCAAACUUGUAUCAAUAUCGAGAAUCAGCUAAAGGACAAAUUGCCUCAGCUACUCCUGUACUUAUCUACAUUUGUAAACUUGCUUCAAGGUCACUCUAACAGACUAUAUUUAAACUGGUUAAGAGAACAGAUAGGCGAGAGAAGCCUACUUGAAUUUGACCAGUUGCGCAAUCCACAGAUGUCAAAGGAAGAUGCAAAAUCUACUCACGCAGAUAUUAUCCAUUUUUAUCACAACAACAUGCAACUAACAAAGCUUGCUCUAGAAGAAGGUCACCAAGGAUUAGAUUAUUUCCGACAUUUUACAGCCACGUAA